AUGGCUUCAGCUUCAGAACCGCUCGCAAAAGGGACAUAUGCACCUUCGGGUCCAAACGACAUACGCGGCCCCUGCCCGAUGAUAAACUCUCUCGCGAAUCAUGGCUAUCUUCCCCGCGACGGCCGAAAUGUUCGAGUUGAAGAAGUUCUCGCUGGCAUGGACGCAGUUGGCCUUUCCAAGCCUCUCGCUGCUGCCUUUGCCAAUCCCAUCUUUCAAGAACGCGCGCCUUCAAAAUUUCACGAUGACCCAGUCGUAAAGAAGUCUCUUUUGCAAAGUAUUUUGCAAACGAUCAGGGACCCUUGGUCUCUGUUGGGUCGAUUUGGUAUGCGCAAGCCGGGUCAGCUGGACUCUGAGGGUCACAGGGUUUUGAACUUGGACCAGCUCGGGUUACCCAACACAGUUGAGCACGAUAUAUCUUUAACCCGCCGGGAUCAUCAACAAGGUGAUAACAUCACUCUUCAGAAAGACCUUGUCGAAGAUCUCUUGGCAAGUUCAAAGGACGGGCAGACUCUUACUGCGAAUGACCUCGCAGAGUUUCGCAAGACGCGCAUCGCCAGACAGAGAGAGGAUAACCCGGGUCUUCAAUAUGGCUCUUUCGAACACGAUCUUGCGUGUGCGGAGAUUGCCCUGAUCCUCAACGUCAUUGGAAGUGGUGAUAGAGUGCCAUGUAACUAUGCCAGGGCCUUUUUGCAGGAAGAGAGACUGCCGAUGCAAGAAGGUUGGAAGAGAGAAGAGUCGAAACUGGGUAUAAUUGGAUUGCUCACCAAGAGAAACGGUAUCAAGAAGAUUAUUGGUAUGGAAUUCAAGUCUUGA